AUGUCUUCUAUAGAGCAGGAUUCCAUUUUAUCUUCCAACUCAUCAUUGCCUAAAGAAAUAAAAACAGAGAAGCCUGUUCAGCAUGAAGACCGAGGAUACCUCACCGGCUUCAAGCUUUAUGCGGUCUUGUCGGCAAUAACUAUGGUCACAUUCCUGAUUUUACUUGACACCUCAAUCAUUGUUACUGCGAUCCCGGUGAUUACUGAUCACUUCCACUCCCUUAGCGAUCUGGGAUGGUAUGGCAGCUCGUAUCAGAUUGCCAGCCCCUCGCAGGAAGAGUCUACAGCAUCUUUCGAACGAAGGUAUCUCCCAGAAAAUCAUUUCUUCACUGCUCUCAAUUGCUCCAUUUACUCACUUGUAAUGAUACAGUGGGCUUUCUUGUUUUUUUUCUUCGUAUUCGAGCUGGGUUCCCUCCUGUGUGGCGUUGCAACGUCUUCCAAGAUGUUUAUUGUGGCUCGAGCAAUUGCUGGUAUGGGAUCGUCUGGCUUAAUCAAUGGUGCCUUAACUAUCAUCUCAUCUAUUAUUCCUCUACAAAAGUCUCCAGCUUAUAUCGGAGUAGUCUUGGGCUUUGCUCAAUUAGGUAUCGCCAUUGGACCCUUGAUAGGAGGCGCAUUUACCGAGUACACAACUUGGAGAUGGUGUUUCUACAUUAACCUUUCCGUUGGUGCUGUGGUCGCAUGCCUCCUUCUCUUCACCCAUAUUCCAGAACAUACCGACAAGCCUUCUUUCAGAUCUAUGAGAAAAACGCUUGUCAGCCAGCUCGACCUGAUUGGGUUUGUUCUGUUCGCACCUGCCGCUAUCAUGUUGCUUCUUGCGCUGGAAUAUGGCCAGAGUACAUCCUCAUGGGGCACCCCAAGGGUAAUUGGCCUUUUCUGCGGUGCAGCUGCGACCUUUGCCAUCUUCAUGGCAUGGGAACGCCGACAAAGAGAAAAAGCGAUGAUUCCACUGGCAAUGAUUGCAAAGCGAUCCGUUUGGUCAAGCUGUAUCGUCAUGCUUGCUCUUUUCUCCGCGCUUCUGUCCGUCUCGUACUACCUCCCUGUCUACUUCCAGGCUGUCAAGAACGAUACUCCAGUUAGGAGUGGAGUGAGUAUGCUACCUGGAAUCUUGGUGCAACUGGUUUUCGCAGUGAUAUGUGGCUUUUUAAGGUUUCAAAUCAUCAUAGGAAUUGGUCGAGGCGCUGCGUUUCAGACGCCUUAUGUCGCGGUGCAAAACAGUCUUCCUCCCAAUCAAAUUUCUGUGGCCAUGUCGAUUCUGUCGUUUAUGCAAACACUCUCAGGUGCGGUAUUCCUCACAUUCGCUGAUGUGAUCUUCUCAACGGGCCUGAAGUCAGAAAUCCCGAAAAACGCUCCAAGCGCCGAUGUCGAAGCUAUUAUCGCUGCAGGUGCCACCAAUUUCCGGACUAUUGUGUCGAGUGAAGACCUCCCUGGAGUUCUAGAAGGUUACGCCAAGAGUAUUGAUCAUGUCUUCUACUUGGCCGCUGCCCUUGGUGUCGUUUGUACAGCUUUUGGCUUUGGGAUGGGUUGGAAAGAUAUUCGAAAGAAGAAUACUGGCCAAGAAAAGUUCUAG